AAACAAGAGAGAAUCUCCGCGCAACCGGCGGCGGUGGCGGCAGCAGCGCUCGUGUUGUGAUUGCUGGGAAAAUUGGCGCGCGCAACACUUUUAUCCUCCUCAGAACAAGACGGUGAGCUAAGGACUGAGAGAUGGAUAGAAAAGGAAACGUGCGGCGCGCCACUUCGGCUGGCUACCGUUUACCGGACAGACCAAACGGUCCUCUCGCCUCUCAGUCCUCAGUCUCAGUGUUCAGGCAUUCAGCGGGCAGGACAAGAAACGGUGAGACACCGGCGCAAAACGAGGACAGUCGAGAUCCUGUAAAGCAGGACCAGGUUUGGAGAGAGUUUGUGCGCGCGGAGCGAUCCGGCGUGAAGGAAUGGGAGAAGAACUGGAGUUUCCUGAUGAACUUUGACCAGCUGGGUCACCCGCGUACAGAAACUCCUCUCCCCAACUCUGUGUCUUUAUAUUCAGACCGACUCCCAAACACCAGUAACCAAAUGUUCGGCAGCAGCUUGUACACUGAACUUGGGAAUGAACUGGUGCGGCUGGACAAUCUGCUAAUUCUGACAUCCAACCACCGCAAGGCCAAAAGAAAUCCAGAGAUGCAACCCUGCUGAGGUUUACCAGGCACAAGAUGUCUUCAAAUUCUCUCUGGUGUAUUAGACAGAGAUUCUUCCCUUCUCUAGAGAUUUUCCCUUGGGUCGUUCUUUUUCUCUCGCCUCUAUCUGUUUAAGCUCAAUAGUGUUCAGCAGGUUUUUCUGGAAGUAUUUAUUUUUCUCUUGACAACCCAAAUCCUAGCUGCCAAUAUGUGUAUGCAUGUGUGUGUUUGCUGUAAGCUUGGCAGUGUGUUGACAGCUUGUGAUUUUUUUAUUAGAUUUUAUGUUAACAUUAAUUUGCAUCUUUCAGUGUACUGUAUAAUGCUGGUGAAGGCAAUCAAGAUGAUCCUGUUAAAUGAAUAGAUUAUUUGCUUAUUACUUUUUUUGUGGAUGAACACAGGUGCUUAGUAUAUAAAUGCAAAUAGUUUCAAUAUCAGUCUCAAACGUUUAGGUUAGAACUUAUUUUUCUGUAUUUGUGCAUCGAAGGAGUUACACUCUUAAAAAUAUGAGGUUCAAAAUAUUCAUAUCAGCAUCUAAAGAACCUUUUGUGCAAUAGAAAGGUUCUACACUUUAAAAAAAAAGCUUUCAUUCGUCCAAUUAAAACAAAUUCACGGUUAUGGUUCACAUCUAAUUUUAACACUCGACCCAAUGAAAAAUAAAUAAUUUGCCUUACACAAUAUUUUCUUUCUCCAUGAGAACAAUUUUAUACAACCUGGUACAAAUCAUAUUUGGCUUGUUGAAUAAAAUCAAAUUAAAUUCUCUUUUUAUUCUAAACAAGAAGAUACAGCUUUAAUCAAAACAACAAUUCCCAUAAAAUGUUUAUUCAUCCAGUUAAAGAAGUCUAGGGUAAUUUCCUAGUUCACAUUUAAUUUUGCUCACUUGAGCCAAUGAAAAAUUAAUCAGUCGCCUUAAUAUUUUUUUAAGUCCAUAUAAUUACAAAGCAUAUUGAGUUUCUGUUUAAUUUGCAUGCACUGGCCUGUAACCUUUAAAUGUUACAUUGGUCAAAACAAAUAUUUCUUAGUUGAGCUCUUGAUCAAAAACUUUUAUAUUUAACUGUUUUGAACCUAAACUGAAAUGAAAGAUACAUUUUUAAUUGGAUGAUGUACUGCUUGAAUUUUCUUUUCAGUGUAUAUAGAACCAUCAAUGUCAAUAAAGUCCCAUUAUUUUUAAGAGUGUGCUUUAGGUUGCAAGAUUGAAAGCCUAUACACUAGAUGAUUAAUUCUUUACAGUGAAGUUUACAAAUAGUCCUAGCCAACAUACAUUUUACCCAUAGAACAUUAGGAUUGGAAACAAUAUUUUGCCAAGACCUACAUUUACAUAUUUAUAAUUAUGCCAAAUUUUAUUCCAAUAAAGUUUUCUUCUCUUAAA